AUGUCUGACGGUGAGUAUGGGGCAGCAACGAGAGACGGUGAGGCAGCAGCAGGCGGUCGGGCGCGCGGGCGCUCAGGCAGCCGCCCAGAAGUUCCAGCUAACACAGAUGAUGCAGGACUGGUCGAAAUGCCAAACAGCAGCAUGAUGAGACAAUACGACGACGAGUUCCGAUACGACUCGGGCCACAACGACACCGUGAGCACCGCGCCUCCGCUAUUCGACCACAAGAGCGCCGGCGGAACCGUCAACACGCGUCGAGCCAGCGAUUCCGAGCCGGAGUUUUCACAUCUCACCACCUCCACGGUCGGCACCACAGGAACGGUAUCCAAGGGCAUGGCCCAGAUAGGCAAAGGCUUGCACAUUGCCAAGGUUCAAAACAACAGGGUCAAUGGGGAGGCCUUCGACAGGACACAGCCUGGAGAGCCUCAGGCCCAGGCUGCCGGUGGGUAUGCUGAUCACGACAAUGAGGCUGACAAUGAGGCUGAGGCUUCCCAUGUUGGAGGAGGGCUGGAAUCAGCGCCAUGGUUGGAGGAGCUUCAGGACGAAUGGCCCGAGAUCAGCAAUGACGGAUGGGAGAAUGAGGACUCUUCCCACGAACGGGCUGAACACGAGCGAGUCUCUUCUGUCAAGUCGUCGGGGUCCGUUUUGGCUUCUACUACGAAACAGUCUUCUUCCGUCAAGGCCAGCACUCCCGCCUGGAAACAGAUGCUUAACGAGGAGUCCAAGCGGGAGUCCAAUCGCACUCUGCAGCGCAUUUUCUUGCCUCCUACCCUCGGCAAACGCGUGGAUCUGGGAGUCAUUGCUGAACACACAGAAACAGAAGACACCAACACUCAAGGAGGAAGUAGUCCUACAGAGGAGCAGUAUUCGGACGCGGCAUCAGUCACAGACCAAAUGGCUCAAUUGUCCCUAACUCGAACUCCAGAACUUGGUCCUCGAGACUCUCCUUCACGUUCCAAAUCAGCAUCUCCUCUCAAGCUAUUUUCCAAACACGACACGUACACGCAUUCUCGGUUCGAGGGGCUUCUUCCACAGCUCGAGGGCGACUCAAGCAGCAGCGGGGUGGACCAAUCGUCGUUCGACAGCAACCGUUUCGCCUCAGACCAGUCGUACAACCAGCAGCAGAAGAUGGGGGCUCGCCAGAACCAGCCCUCGGAGAGUCAGGACUAUCUCAACAAUGCUGACGACUUGUUUAACCGGAUCAAACAGGCCAAUUUCGCCCAGUUUGAGCCCAACGAGAGCGAAUAUGACGAGUCCAGUGAUUGGGAUAGUCACAGGGAUUCGAUGAACAGGUCGUUGAAUGACAACUACGGACAACACAGUCGCGACAGUCGUGAUAGCCGUGACAGCCGCGACGGCCAUAACUUCCAAUCAAGUGCAAGCGGCAUUGAGGGUGGAAAUGCUGAAGGUCACGUACGAGCCUACUUCAACUCGGUGAAACAACGCCAUGAAGUUGGAAACGACAGUCUGGGAGGAAACAAUAUCAAGGCGUUUGAUUUUGGCAAGACCAACGAUACUCACAAUGCUCAGAAUGCUCGCAACGUUGGGGCUGAAUUUGGGUCCCAGCCUCCAGGUCCAAGUGACACGUCGAAUGUCAUGGGAAGCUCGCCUCCCGACCUAAAAUCAGAACAACCUCUCUCUCUCCCUAAAACACGACAACUCCAGACCCUGUCUUCUCAGCCUUCUCAAAAUACCUUCUCUUCCGGGUUUUCCCUGUCCUCCGACAAGAUGGCUUCUGUACAUACUACAGCCACGACCCGCAAACUGGGACUCAAAAAGAAGGCUUCUCUGCAGGACCUCGAGUCGAUAGUGUCGGCUAUCGGCCGUGAGAAGAUGGUGCCUGUGGUUGGCAGCAACAAGAGUCGACCGGGCAAGAAGUCCAUGAUGGGCUUCAUUUCCAAGGGCGAGGUGGAAAACCUGUUGCAGGACCGAGUGGGACAGAUGGACUACGAUAUCAACCAGGGCAGAUGGGUUCGACGAGGAGAAGAUGAUACCAGUGACGAUCGAAUCAUGCCGCUGAGAAACGUGGACGAGGAGGAUGAAGACACGUCUCAUGGACAUGCGGAGGAUGCAGCCGACGACUCAGAGUCAGAAGACCCCUUUGCUGGUAUUGAUGAUCUUUCUGUGUCCGAAGAGAUUCCCCCGUUCAACCCUAACGACAACAAUCCACCGGAAGAUGUCCUCGCCAAGUUCGCUGAAUCAACUCGUGAUCGACCCAACGCCAACGCCAACGUCAGAGUCGCCUCUUCCGUGGUCCAGUCAGAAACAAACCCCGAGGGCUUGAUACAAUUUGGCCACACCACCACUGUGCCUCCGCGCUACGAGCCUGCGUCUAACCAGACGGUCAAGAGCGCCAAGGAGGGUCGUGCCGAGACUGCAGCUGCCAUGCGAGCCUACGAGCAGCAGCAAAAGGAGGACCGGUCAAUUCUGGAAAUGGCCCAAACCCAAACGGGACGUUCUCCCCAGCGAAUCGCCUCCAAGGCCAGAGAAGUCGCCCAUUCGCCUCGUCACACAAACACAAAGAAACUCAGACACCAGUCUCCUGUUCACAGCGAUUUAACAGAGGAUAGUGAGCCGUCUCCUUCCUCUUCGGUGCUUUACCAUGGCAGAGAAGAGGAGCACUUUGAGGAGCACUUUGAGGAGCACUUUGGAGGUAUUGAUGGAGGCCUCAAAGAAGUACAACAAGAAGGGGGUUUCAAUAUCUUUGAUGUGGACGCCGAUAUGGACAACUCUGGCCUUGGAGCUGCUGGAGAAGACUCUCAGCAGUACAACUCCCACAUUUCCAUUUCCAAACAGGCUGCUUUCCAAUCCUUCCUUCGAAGAGAGGGCCCCAGCAUGUACGGUAAGCUGGACGACUUUGAUCAGACCAGUCUUAGCAGUAUCAGCCACAGCAUGCAGACGUCUACUCCAGACAUGAACUUCAGCAAGGUGUCCCACUUGUAUCCCAAGUCUACUCUCAACAGUCUUCGAAGGGGUAUUGCUUCUACUCCUGGUGUUCUUACUCCUCAGUCUGUGGGUCGUGUUCCGGGCAAACCCAUAAGUAUGAAGUCUACCAAGAGUCAGGGUCGGGAUAAGGGCAAGGAGAAGGAGGACGAGAAAAGUACGGUUUCUGUGCGGCCUAUUUCUGCUUUCUCGUCCGAUUCCAGUUCUGGUGCAGAAGUGACUGUGGUUCGUGAGGCUGCUGAGAUAAGUGGCGAUAUGCCUGUUGUUCUUCUAAACAGAGAGAAUAGCAACUCGACGUUCCCAUCUGCGGACAACUCCAUCAUUGGUGACUUCCACUUACCCUCUGAGGGACAGCACAACUCCGUGUACAUGGACCAGAGUAAGGCGUCAUUCAAGCUUGGCGACGUGGCUGCCAAGAGAGGCAUCAAUCAGCAGCAUGAGCGCGAACUGGAGGGUCACCAUGGCCCCGGCAACUCUGUAGCAACCCAGGCACUCGUCAAGUCGCUUCAGGAGCUCAAUCCCCGAGAACAGGCGUGGCACAAGGUGCGUCAUCUGGACAUCAAGGGCCGUGGCCUGGUGUCUCUGCAGGAUCUGAAUCGAAUCUGUAGAAGUUUGACUGACCUUCGAGCUGCCGAAAACAAGCUCACUAACCUGGCUGGUAUUUCCACCCAGUUAAGAGUACUCAAGCUGUCUCACAAUCUGCUGGAAAAGACAGUCAGCUUCCUGGACUUCAAGAACUUACAAGAACUUGAUCUCUCACAUAAUCCGUCCAUUGGCAGCCUGUCUUCGCUGCGUCAUCUCAACAGUCUGAGAGUUCUCAACGUCGACAAUUGUGGUCUGGACUCGCUGGAGCCUCUCAGCAAGCUAGAGGGCCUUAUGCACCUCUCUGCGAACCACAAUCAUCUGGCAAAUACCCUCAAUCUGGAUGAGUACAGAUGGCCGUCGAUGGAGCAGCUAUAUCUGAACCACAAUGAGCUGGUGGCAGUGUAUGGAGUUGAGACUCUACACAAUCUGCUCAUUCUGGGGCUCAACAGCAACUAUCUGACUCGGUUCAAGCCCGGAGCUCCUCUGGCUACUGUCAACGGCAUUGCUGUGGGCAUUUCCAAACUGUCUCUGGCAGACAAUGUUCAAAGACCGCGUCUUCGACGCCUCAUGGUGUCUGGGAACAAGCUGGUUGACCUGGACAUCUCUCUCUGUUACCGCCUCAUGGUCUGUAAGGCCGAGCACAACCAGCUGGAGCUUGUCAAGGGCAUUGAGGAGUGUCCUGAGCUGAUUACUCUGUCCAUGGGUGCCCAGAGGGUGCCCAUUGGCAAUCUCGAUUCUGCCAAUGACGUUCGAGACUUGCUUCUUGUGGGCACUAGGAUUCUGGACUUCCCCCUGUGCACCCCAUUCAUGAACCUCAACCGUCUGGAUCUCAGCAACUGCGGUCUCAAGAGUCUACCUGCCAACUUUGCCUACUUGUGCAUGAACGUGCGGGUUCUCAAUCUCAAUUUCAACCAGAUUGAAGACCUUACUCCUCUCAUGGUCAUUCCCAAGCUGACUCAUUUGUUUUUGGUGGGAAAUCGAAUUCCCAGAGACAGUUCUUCUCUGCGAAAACUGAUAUCCGAGCUGGGCUUUCUGCGGGCUCUGGACACGAGAAACAACCCCGAGACGGAGGAGUUCUAUCCGGAUCUCAUGUCUGUUAUGGGCACUCAGGCCGUGAACGGCAAGAGCAUCUCGAUCCAGUACACCAACACUCAGACGGCCGAGUUUGAGCGGGCAUGGCAGGGUACAGACACCAAGUUUGUGCGCAACCUCAAGGCACACAAUCGAGAGACGUACGAGGACAGAAUCCUGUACCAGACUCAGGCCAUGCUUCGAGUGCAUAACAAGGGCGGUCUGCUGUAUUGGAUGGACGGUGUGUUGCUUGGUAAGGACCCCAAGUACAUUGAGUCGUACAAGAAGCACGCUGCCAAGUGCUGGGCUGCUCGGGAGAAGCGACGCAAGCAGCAAGAUGCUGAGGAGAGAGUUGCAGGGCUGUCGAAGGAUGUUAACGAUACCGCUAUGGCUAGUGGAGAAGAGGCUUAUGGAUUCAUUUAA